UCAAACUGCUCUUAGUGAUAAAUUCACACUCAUUAUGAUGGUGUGUGUGUGCUCGAGUCUGAUUUCUCCUCUUCAGUCACAUGACUUCAGGACGUUUUCAGCUGUUGUACUAAAAUUAACCCUUCAGAUGAUUGGCUGAAGGACUGACACACACAGCCAUCUAGGGUGUGUGUGUCACUCAGAGCAGCAGUCAGAGGACCACCGGGCAGCAGCAGAUGGCGGUCUCUCAGAUUACCCCCACCCUGUUUCUCAGUGGGGCCGACGCCCCUCUGAACGCAGGACUGGUGUUGAAGAAAGGCAUCACUCUGAUUGUCAAUGCCACACUGAGCCACGCCUGCCCCGCCUACCCAGGGGUGGAGUGCCUGCGGGUCCCUGUCUCCGACCUGCCGAGCGCCCGCCUCGGGGAUUACUUUGACUGGGUGGCUAAGCGUAUCCAUGGUAACUGUGGCGGUGGGACGCUGGUGCACUGUGCUGCCGGGAUGAGCCGCUCUCCAGCACUGGUGAUGGCGUACCUGAUGCGCUACAGGGGCGUGACGCUGCGGCGGGCACACCACUGGGUCCAGGAGAGCCGGCCCUACAUCCGGCUGAACGCCGGCUUUUGGGAGCAGCUGUUGCAGUACGAGAAGAGGCUGUACGGGAGGAACACCGUCAGGGUGGCCCCAGAGCCGCCACCCAGGACGCCGCCUGGGACACCGCGGCUGGCCAGGUCUCAGCAGCAGACGGGCCUGCUAACACUGGUGCCCAGGUCACCGCUGAUGUCACGUGCUCAGGUGACAUCAUCAGCAAACAGAUCCAGGAGGGGAUCCAAAACCAUCAAAGUCUGAAAUUCAAACACCUGGAUCCUCAGAGGGAUCCCUGCGCACACCUCGGUCCCUGCACACACCUGGAUCCCUGCGCACACCUGGAUCCCGC